UGUAAACACUUGUAUAGAAUCUCAUUCUUUUCGAUCAAAGUUAUUCGCACCUAUUUCGACACAUAAUGACAUUUGUGUAAUCAACGUGGGAACUUGGUGUAUAUGCAGAACUAUAUGCAAUAUAGGACGCAAUCUACUAUACUAAAAUACGUCACUGCAUUGCAUAUACAAAGUUUGUGCUUGCAGAAACUGACUGCUGGCUUCUAUGACACGUCAACUGAUCACAAAUUUAAGUUUUAUUGGACAUUGGAUAAAUGCGUAGAAUGAGCUCGUGUUUGUAAUAAGCCAGAAAUCCGCUAUUUGUACCAAUGGCUGAGCAGACUGAGAAAGAAAAAGCUCCAAGCUCUUUAGAGAACCUGACGUGUCCACUAUGCCUUGAUAUCUUCGACGAGGCAACCAUCCUGACUUUAUGCGGACACACCUUCUGUCGGAAAUGUCUCAAGAACUAUGACCUUUCCCACCUGGAUCUCGAUCACAUGAUCUGUCCUCUCUGCAGGAAGAUCACCAAAUUGUCUGCGAACCGUGUCGAUGAUUUCCUCACCAAUGUGACUGUCAACGGACUUGUAGAUAAUUACCACGCCGAGUGUGGAGGGAUGAACGCUGUCCUUGAGAUGCGUCCAAAAUGCACUGCUUGCAAGUUUCAUCAAGAUGCUGUCUCAUUCUGUAAAACGUGUAAUUUCUACAUGUGCACUAAUUGCGACUGUAGCCAUGAGCAGUUGACGUCACACUAUGAAGGUCAUGAGAUUGUAUCGAUACUGGAUAUCAUCAACGGGAAGGUCACUAUUAGCCAUCUAUCCGAGAAGUGCUGCAUCCACAAACAAGAGAACAAAGAUAUGUUUUGUGAGGAUUGUAAGGUCCAUGUCUGUUUCAAGUGCGUGAUCGUCUGUCAUCAAAACCACAACAUCAAGAAUCAGGCUGACUUCGAGCAGCAGUUACGUCUUAAGGUGAACGACCUUGUCCAGCGAUGUGCAGCUAAGAAGACAGAACUGGAGAAGAACAUUCAGAAUGUUGAGGUACAACGCCAUGAAGUAUAUACUGCCGUGCAGAAACUACAGGACGAUGUCAGUCAAGCCUACAGCAUCAAGGCCAAAGAGCUUGAAGAAAAUCACCAAAAUCUCAUCGAGCAAAUCAAUGCAGUAAAGCGGAGUUUCGAUGACGACCUCAGCGUCUUGAAAUCCAAGGAUCGACAGAGGAUCAAGAGUAUUUGUAGUUCAAUAUCACUGGUAUCCAAUGACAGACUGGGUCGUCUUGAGACAGACAGUCUGUCUGCUCAUACCUUGCUCUGUAAGGAGCUGGAUGCCAUGCUGAAGGAGGCUACUGAUCACACUUCUGCGGCAGCCAUUACAAAGAAAGCACAGGAGAAGAGGUUUAAGCCUGCUGUUGAUACUCGUCUUGACCUCGGGAGCAUCUCAGAAUCAGAUCCCAAUUUGCAAGUCGUUCAGUGUGUAGAUCUACAGAGAGACUCUAUGUUCGGUAUGACCCAGUACUCUGAAGACAGUGUUGCUAUCGCAUAUUGGGAUGCACUUGGUGUAGAUAUCAUUGAUUUAACUGGUAAACAGGAGCAGUAUGCAAACAUACCAAGUAACAUAGACUGUUAUGAUCUUGUGUUUCAAGAAGACAGGUCGUUAUGCGUAUCGACGGGAACCGACGAAGCAUACCUAUAUUCUCCCAAUGGCUCUAGGAAAUCAACCAUCCACGUGAAAGACAAUGUCUUUAGCAGAAUAAACAGAAGUCCAUCAAAUGAAAUCCUCAUCGCUAGCAGUGAAAAGCAAUUCUAUAUCUAUGACCCGACUGGAUCCACUCUCAAGCACACCGUUCCAACAAAAAACAACAUUACGAGGCAGUUAUCUGCUACCAGGUCGGGUUUGAUCGUCACGAGUUCAUGUAAUUGCACCAACCCAAGCGUGGUGACGGUCUAUGACAGGGAUGGGAAUGCUGGUAAGUCUCUACAAGCUCCAUUCAAGGUCCACCUGUAUGCUGCCGUGGAUGAGCAGGACAGGGUGUAUGUAGCGAGUGUUGAUUGUAAGAAUGAUAACGUGGUGAUCAGGCUCUAUGACCUUGAUGGUCUGAGCCUGAAGGAGAGAGUCGAGUUCAAUGUACUUAAUAUUACACUUGAUGGUACAAGGUGUUACUUGGUUUUCCUCUCUCCAGACAUGCUCGCGUUUGCUUGUGACAAGAAGUUGCAUUUCAUCAAAGUAUCACUGUAAUCCAUCUCACACUCAUUACCAUUAUGUUAAUAUCUCUCUGCUCCAUCUCUACUUUAAUAUGGGCCUAUAAUGUAUCAUAUUAUAUUGUUUAUUAUGUGAUAACUAAGUUACUAACCGAAUAAGAAGAUGCCUAUUCUCUCGAUAGAUUUGAAUUGCAUGACUACCGUUGUAAUUAUCCAAUAUAAUUAUAAAUUACCUCUCUCGAAAUAUUAUGUAAAUCCGGGAUAUAAAUACUGUAUAGUACGUUAACUAUAAAUCUACUUCUUGCAUCGUGUAAUCGUUUCUCCAAGAUAUUUCCUUAACACCAGUCAUAUGAUAUCAUAAUGUACAAAUCGAAAAUUGGUAAGAUAUUGAUUA